CAUAUUCUUUUCCAUAUGACUCGAUUACCUUCUAUCGCACGCCUCUUUCUUUCUUCCUCACAUAAAGAGCGAGACUCUCACACGCAUCUCCCUCCAUUUCUUGUCAACACCUUCCUCCUUCUCAAUCAAAAUUCCACCACCAUCAUGUCCGCAGAUCUAGAAUUCCGGCUGCAAGAACUCCCGGCAAUUCAGUUAACGUCUCUUACACUCAAGCUUCCAUCACAGGAACAGGAAUCGUCAGAGGAAUCAUGCAGAACUCAAUCAGAACAAGUUGAAGAAUGUGUAACGCCGACGUCGCCGGAGCACAGGAUUCCGGAGAUUCUCAGGUGUCCUCCGGCGCCUAAAAAACAGCGGCAUGGUGCCUCUCCUUCCUGCAAAAGAAGGCUGACUGAAUUUCAGUUCUUCGAGGUUGUUGCUAGAGACGAAAUUGAUUCCUUCUUCAAGGCAAGCUAUGAAUUAAUCAACCGAAAUUCAUCCAAAAAGCGGAGGUGCCCUCUGUAAAUUUUUUUAUUACGAGAAUUCAUUCAAUCUCGAGUUCAUGAUCGUAUGAAUUCUCUUCUAUAAAUAUGUAUGUAAUUUUUCCACACGUCUCCUGUUAAUUUCUUAUGAUAUGUCAAUUCAAUUCACAUCACGUUUAAAUUGAAAUCCGAAUUCAGAUCUGAA